UAUAAGCUUUGCUGCUUUGAUACAGUUGAUUGUCUUAUAAUUUCUUUGUUUUAUGUAGUAUUAGUGAAUUCGUUGUAUUUUUAGGGGUUUUUAAUUUUAAACAGUAUAGUGAUAUUAAGAUUUUUAGUAGUUAUAGGUAUAUUUAGUACAUUAGUGAUAUAGCAAGUUAAUUGUUUUAUUUAAGUUUGGAAGAGCACUAUAUUUUUUCAAAAAGGAUGGAAUCGAAUGCUAAUAGAAGAACAGUAAACUUCACAGAAAGUGAAGAAAAUAUGCUUCUUUUAUUGAUAAAAAAAUAUGCAACUAUUAUAGAAAACAAAAAAACAGAUAGCUCCAUUAAUUACAAAAAAAAUGAAGCAUGGGCCCAAAUCGAAAGAGAGUUUAAUGCAUGUAGUAGAGGGGGAACCUACAGAAGUAUGAUAGUAUUAAAAAAUAAAUACACAAAUAUUAAGAAGAGAUCAGUAAAGAAAUUUUCAAAUGCAAAAAAAAUGAUAUAUUGUACAGGUGGGGGUCCUAAUAUUCAAUUCACAGAUAAUGAAGUGGAUACCACAAUUAGGGAGAUAAUUGGAACCCGAAUGACUGGUUUAACCUCAGAGUUUGACAAUGAUAAUCAAAUUGAAAUAGAACAUGAAGAAUAUUCCCCAUCAACAUCUACAGUGUCAGAGGGGGAAGAACUACUCAAUCAGGAAGACUUAACAGUAAUUUAUAAAUCAGAUGAGGAGGUGACGGAAACAAAAUUAGACAAGACUGUUGUAGAAGAAAAAAACUGGUCAAAAAUGUCUGUGGAGAAUCUUAGAACUCCUAAAGCUAAAGAAUUAAGAGGAGACAAUAAUACCAGAAAAAAUAAUACACUGAAAUCAAAAUUAACUGAUUGGGCCAAGUCCAAACAAGAUUUACUGUCUAUACAGCAGAAGUGUAUAAUUGAUGAAAGCCGCCAGAAAUUACAACACAAUGAAGAAAAACAUAAACAAGAAUUAAGACAUAGGGAGGAGAGGCACAAACAGCAGUUAAAAAUGGAAAAAGAGGAACAUCGUAUAAAAAUGGAUAUUUUAGAAUUGCAAAAAAAAACAGUUGUCAUAAAUUAUUGUGAAUAAAAUUUAUUUUAUAUUGGCUUAUACUUUAUGUAUUCCUUCUUCGAUUGCAAUUCAUGCAUCAGUGAGUAUUAGUAUUAAAUUAUAUAUUUUUGAAAUGUAUUGUAAAUUAUGCAUUAUCAAAACUAUAAAAUUUAUAGUAGUCAUCAUCAUCAAUCAGCCCUGAUUUGUCCAUUGUUGAACAUAGACCUUCUCCAAAUAUUUCUAUCUAACUCUAUUCUGCACCUCUGCUAAAAACCAAUAAAAUAAUACUAAUAUAACUAUGAUACAAGGAUACAUAAGAGAUUUAUAAAAGUCUUUGAAAAUAUUGGGUAAUUAGAUUAUGCCUAACCAAAUUGUUAAUAUUAAAACGAGGAGCAUCAGGUAUCACCAAAUUAAUAUUAUUUGCCUCUUCUAUCGCUGCUGCAAUAUUUUCAUUUACAGGUAGGUCUGGUUCGUUUCUCAUACGUGCUAUGUUAUGAAGUACUAUACAUGCAAUAACAAGAGCUUCCACCUUGUCUAUAUUGAGUCUUAUUCCUAAUGCUAAAGCUGGAAAUCUUCUUUUAAGAACUCCGAAACAUCUCUCUAUAGGGUUACGGGUUCUAAUUUGACUUUCAUUAAACAACUGCUCCACUCGAAGUUGUACAUUAGCCAAUGGUGUUAUUAAAUAGGGUUUUAUGGCAUAUCCAGUAUCACCCACUAAAACGGCAUGUCCAAACUCUCCAUUUUCAAAUUGGGCUCUCAAACGUGAAUUUUCAAAUAUGGUAGAAUCAUGAACUGAUCCUGG